AAAAACUUUAAGAUGAUUGCUAUAGAAACUGAGCAGGCUAUGCCUAAGGAGGAGCGGAUGCCGAAAAUCGAAGCCACGACUUCGCAAAGAAUAUUGACCCGAUCAAGCGCCGUCAGUCAGAAGUCGGUCGAUAUAGUGGUGCAGCCCGACAGCUCCAACAACCCGUUGCACAGGUCCAAACUGGCACCCACCCGCUCUGCGUCGGAGACGCAGUCCUCCAGUAAGAAAAUUUUAAACUUACGAAAGACGAAAAACUCAUCGAUAGAAUCAACGAUGAGUUUACCGAAUCAAAAAUCGUUGGAGAAGAAACAUGGCGGAUUGAGGCACCAGAAGGCGAUAGGUGCUCACUCCGAUAUCACAUUAAGUACGCAGCCGUCCAUAUCGGACGACAGGAAGGCGCUGAGGGAGGCAUUGUAUCAGGGUAUCUUUCAUAGGCACAGGAGAACAAUAUUCGCCGUGGGUUCGUUCCUCAGAAUGCUGAGAAGCAAAACGUCGAAUUACGAUUCGAUACGAUCGGACUCCGACGAGAUAUAGCGGCCGCGGGAGACGAGUGCUUGUGGACGUUAGAGGAUGGCCGCGGACUGAGUGUGAUUGUUUGUGCUUUUCUAACGUUAUUGGAACAAAGUUACCGUAUAUAAGGGUAGUUAAUAAUUUGAGAUAAGACUUGCAUUGUAUAAUAAUGUUCCUAAAUAAUUUGUUUUGACGUAUUAUCUUACUUUUCUAUCACACCUUUUCGUGAAUGGUUUAAAAGUAACGGCAUUCUGUUGAAAGUCUAUAAUGUUGCCAUAUAAUUGAAAUAUUACUAUUUGGUAUAAUUUGACUGUAACACGAAUAAAACAACGAAAACAAUAAUCGUUGAAACCUAAAGGUUGUGACCUUAGGAGUGGUCCUUUUUUAUUAUCAAAAAACAUGGCAACAAUAAUAAGGUUAGUUUACAAUGAGCAUUAACAUCGCGUGACAUUGGAUUGUGUCAAGGACAUCAGCUGACACGCGCCAACACCAGCCUGUCCCUGAUCUGAUAUUAAUUAUACUCAUUGCAAGUGUUGAUCAAGCACGUUUUAAUUUAUUUAUUGUCAACGACAUUUUAAUUAAUCAGACAGAAAUAGGAAAUCUGAAUUUCACAUUAAAAUUUCUUAUAAAAUUGUUGAAUUAUAAUAUAAACCGGCCAAUAUGUUUCAUUAUUGUUGAAAAAACUGCAGAUUGAUAAUUGUAUUAAUGUAAUAAACGGAUCAUUGCGACUCAAAAUGGUAUAAGCAGACACGUGUAAAUAACGAACAUAUUCUUUUUGUAGUUUAUUUUGGUUGGAUAUAUUAUUCGGCUGUUAUGUUUCCUUGCAACAUUUCGAUGUAUAAUAACACUUUAACAAUUUAGAAAAAAUAGAGCUUAAAAACUCAAAUGGGUACGUAUAAUAUGUAGAUAUGUAUAAAACAUAGUUAAUAGUAUUUUGUUUAUUAUAUUAGUUGCAAGGCUUUUGGAACUUAUACCGUUAUGGGAAUGACCAAUUAAUGUGUUGCUAUACAUAUUUUAAUUGAUUUUAUUCAUUAAUUUGCGACUUUAUUUGAAAAAAAUUUAUACAAAAAUAUGUAUAUGUAGAUAUGAGCGAACGAAACAAUGGAUUGUGGACAUUUUUGGAACAAUUUAUGCACUUUUUAUAUAUUUGUAUAUCAAGAAUUUUGUAUAAAAUGCUGUUGUGGAAGGUAUUUUAUUAAGAAUGUUGAUUGUAUUUCCAAUUAUUACAACUAAUAUGCGAUAUACAGUUUCGUUCCUAAAUAUAGCUAAUGCCAAUAAAAAGGAGCUUAAUAAUAUUAAAGUUGAUUUUGGCUUAUUUAAUUUGAGUCGUACAAAUUAAAUUUAUUGAUUGCUUUUUAA